ACGCUUCCUUUGCAACGGGUUGCCCCUGGCAACAGGAGGACGCGGGCUGACCAACAGAGUUCCCGCCACGUUCCUGGCACCUAGUCGCAGUCUGAAGCGAGGUCCCAGUCAUGUCGGAUAUUUUGUGCCAGUGGCUCAACCAGGAGCUGAAAGUGUCCCAGACCGUGAGUCCCAAGUCAUUUGCAAAGGCCUUUGCCAGUGGCUAUCUAAUUGGAGAAGUUCUGCACAAGUUUGACCUUCAGGAUGAUUUUUCAGAAUUUUCAGAAAGCAGGGUUGCAAGUGCCAAACUUCAUAAUUUUUCUCUACUGGAGCCAACGCUUCACCUUCUGGGUGUGCAGUUUGAUCAGAAUGUGGCCCAGAGCAUCAUGACUGAAAAGCCUGGGGCAGCCACAAAACUUUUAUAUCAGUUGUACAUUGCUCUUCAGAAAAAGAAGAAAAGUGGAAUGACUGCAUUGGAAAUGCAGACCUUGCAGCCUCUGACAAGUGUAAGACUUCAAAGCAUGAAAAGUGAGGCUUUUCGUGAGAGACUUAGAAACCUGAUUCCACGUCAAACUGAUUUCAAUCUGAUGCGAGUUACACACAGAUUUCAAGAAAAAUAUAGACACAUGGAAGAAGAAUUUGUCCGUGUGCAAUUUGAGAAACAUGAACAAUUUAAAAAAGUCAAGGAAGAACAAAGAUGUUUUAAUAUCGAAAAGCAACGCUUGGGCAGAAGACGUCAGAAUGAAAUAAUGGCCAAAAUCCAAGCAGCUAUCAUACAGAUUCCUAAACCUGCAUCAAAUCGUACUUUGAAAGCACUUGAGGCCCAAAAGAUGAUGAAAAAGAAGAAAGAGGCAGAGGAUGUUGCCAAUGAGAUUAAGAAGUUUGAAGCAUUAAUAAAAAAGGAUCUCCAGGCAAAAGAAAGUGCAUCCAAGACUUCUUUAGAUACAGCAGGCCAGAUGACUACUGACUUGUUAAACACUUACUCAGAUGAUGACUACAUUAAAAAAAUUCAGAAACGCCUAGAAGAAGAUGCUCUUGCACGAGAGCAAAGGGAGAAACGACGGCGGAGAUUGUUAAUGGACCAGUUAAUAGCCCAUGAAGCACAAGAGGAGGCUUACCGGGAGGAGCAGCUGAUUAAUCGACUGAUGAGGCAGUCCCAGCAGGAGCGCAGGAUUGCUGUGCAGCUCAUGCAUGUUCGGCAUGAAAAGGAGGUUUUGUGGCAAAACAGAAUUUUCAGAGAAAAACAAUAUGAGGAAAGACGACUCAAAGAUUUCCAGGAUGCUCUUGAUCGAGAAGCGGCUUUGGCUAAACAAGCCAAGAUUGAUUUUGAGGAACAAGCCCUCAGAGAGAAGGCAGUUCAUGAACAAAUUGCUGUGGAAAGAGCUCAAGCUCGUUACCAAAAGCAUUAUUCGUUAUGUGCAGAAAUUUUGGAUCACAUACUUGAUUUGUCCACUAAGGUUGCAGACUAUCGAAUGUUGACAAAUAAUCUGAUUCCAUAUAAAUUAAUGCAUGACUGGAAGGAACUGUUUUUCAGUGGAAAACCCAUUUAUGAACAAGCCAAAAUUAUGCAUCUACCAGCUAAGCCCUCUGAAGAACAAAUUAUAGAAGUAGAGAAAAGAGACUUGCUGGAUGGCAAGGAUUAUGAAGAAUACAAGAACAUGGUUGGAGAGUGGUCCUUACCAGAAGAGAUGGUUGAUAAUUUACCACCCUCCAACAAUAACAUACUGGGCCAUGUGCUUCACAGACUGCUUGAAAAAACUCUUCCUCCUCCAGUUGAAUCAACAAUACCUGAUGUAUCUUCAUUUGCUAUUAAAGGGUGCAUACUGGGGAAAACAUUUAGUGGAAAAACUACCAGUCUAAAGUCUCUACAAAAAGACUUUCCUAUUCAGAUACUCUCUAUUGACACUCUUGUCCAAGAAGCUAUCCAAGCCUUUCAUGACAAGGAAGAAGCCAGUGAGACCCUACUGGAUCAGCAAGAAGCUAAAGAGAAAGAUGUUCCAGGUUUGAAACACAGUAAUAAAGAAAGCCAGGUGCCUGUGGAUCAAAGCUGGAUCCUUGAUGGUUUUCCAAUGACCUUAAACCAAGCAAAGCUGCUUGAAGAAGCUCUCACAGGAUGUAACAGAGAACAAAUAGAAUUGGAGGCCAAGAGAACACAAAUAUCCACGUUGGCUAUUGAUCCUUCAGCUUCCAAAGAAGUACCUGUCCCCCCUUCUGCACUUGAUUUUGCCAUGUUGUUAGAUAUUUCAGAUAUUUCAUCACUGAAUCGCAUAAAUGACAUCAUGGCUGAAGCAUUUUUAUGUAAAACUUCUCCUGAAGACAUCAGUCUACAUGUAGCAGCUGAAAACAAAGAUCAAGAUGAGAACCAGAUUUUAAAAGACCAGAUACAACACAGAAUCAUAGGCUUCUUGGACAACUGGCCCUUCUUGGAGCAAUGGUUUUCAGAGCCGGAAAAUAUUUUGAUAAAAGUCAAUGCUGACAUAGAUAAAGAGUCUUUAUACCAAAAAGUAAAAGAAAUUUUUGUGACUGAAAUGCAGAAAAAAAAGAAUAAAGUUAAUAAGAAAUUAGAAGAAAAGGAAGCCAAGAAAAAAGAAGCUUCCCUAGCUGAGGCUGCACCUCCUACUCCUCCAGCUUCUCCUCCCCAUCCUGAGCCAGAAAAAGAGAAAGAAAUUACGCUUCAGAGAGAGGCUUCAAAAACGCAUCCUGCGAAAGGAAAACCACAAUCAGAAUGCCAACAGGAUAAGCAUGAAAUUCUUCAGGAAGGAAAUGGCAAGAAAGGUGACACUUCAUUCAACAGGAGGGGUUCUCCUAAAGGAAAAUCACAAGGAGGGAAGCAACCAGUCAAGAAAUCACCUGCCGACUCUAUAGACACAUCACCUCCUCCAGUAAUAACAUCAUUGCUUAAGCCAGGAUCUGAAGAAUGGGUCUAUGUGAAUGAACCAAUUCCUGAGGAAAUACCUUCAUUUUUAGUACCUUACUGGGAACUAACUGAAAGUUCUUAUAUACAAAACAUCAAAACAGUGCUGAGGCAUCUGAGAGAAAAUCAGCAUAAUGUGAUUGCUUACUUAUAUGAGGUUAGAACAAGCUUCCAGCAUUUUCUAAUGCGUCCAGAUCACAAGCAAGAUUUUGUAGCUCAUUGGCAAGCUGAUUUCAACUCUCUUCCUGAUGACCUGUGGGAUGAUGAGGAAACCAAGGCAGAACUACACCAAAGAGUGAAUGAUUUAAGAGACCGCCUAUGGGAUAUUUGUGAUGCCAGGAAGGAAGAGGCGGAGCAGGAGCGUCUUGAUAUCAUUAAUGAGAGCUGGCUGCAGGACACCAUUGGAAUAGCGAUGAACCAUUUCUUCUCCCUGAUGCAGGCAGAAAUGAACCGUUUCCAAGAUACAAAGAGACUUCUUCAAGAUUAUUACAGAGCAAUGGAAAACAAAAUCCCCAUAGAAGACAAUAAGAAAUUUAUUCGAGUCCCAUUGGUCCAAUUGGAUGGAAAAGACAUUUCAGAAAGCCAAAUUAAAAUUCCUCUAGUUCCUCGAAUAUCCAUUUCUCCGGAAACAGCUAUGUCCAAACCCAAAACAAAAUCAAUACUGAAGGGCAAGAUUGAUAACUCACUAGAAAAUGUGGAGUUAAACUUUGAGGCAGAUGAGAAGUUGGUAAUGGACACCUGGCAACAGGCUUCUUCAGCAGUAUCUAACAUGGUGGCUGCUGAAAUUCAUCAGAUGGUCAUGGAAGAAGAAAAAGACAACCAGCAAGUAGACAUGAGAGAAAAAUCUAUGCAGACAGGUGUAAAUAAAAAAGCCAAAAAGGAACCCAAGAAACAAAAAACAGACAAAAAAGCUAAAGGCAAAUCACCACCUAUAGCAGAAGCCUCUCCUGUAUUCAUAUCCCCAGAGGAAAUGGCUGAAAUGGAAAGGAAAAAUGAACUGAAACUCAAAAUAAAGGAAGAGCAUCUUGCUGCCCUGCAAUUUGAAGAGAUAAGCACACAGUUUCGACUUGAACUGAUAAAGGCAAAAACUUUGGCUUUUCUUGAAGAUCUGGUAACAAAGGUGGUAGACGUAUAUAAACUCAUGGAAAAGUGGCUUGGUGAGAGGUACCUGAGCGAAAUGGCCAGUAUUGAAAAAUUAACUGAGGUAGCCCGCUAUCACAUUGAAACAUCUACGAAAAUUCAGUAUGAACUUUAUUUAAACCAAGAAGACUUCUUCAUUAACGGCAACAUAAAAGUCUUUCCAGAUUCUCCACCACCGGUACGUCCUCCACCCGUAGAAAAGGAAGCAAAUGGAACCCUGACCAUUGAACAACUCAACAAUCUUCAGAGUCAUUUCCUAGAUAUGGCACCAAAAGGCAUCAUAGGAAAUAAAGCAUUUACUGACAUCCUGCUUGACUCGGUGACCCUGAACCUUGGAACAAACAACUUCCCUAGUAGUUGGAUGCAGCUCACCCAACCUGAAUUACAGGAGCUAACGUCUUUACUAAUAGUAAACUCGGAAUUCGUGGACUGGCGGAAAUUCCUGUUACUAGCCUCACUGCCAUGGCCCAUCCCCCUGGAAGAGGAGCUCCUUGAGACCCUGCAGAGGUUCAAGGCCAUGGACAAGGAGCAACUGGGCGUGGUCACUUUUGAACAGUACAUGCAGGCUGGUCUGUGGUUUACAGGAGAUGAAGAGAUAAAAAUUCCAGAAAAUCCUCUUGAACCUCUGCCAUUUAAUAGGCAGGAGCACCUUAUAGAGUUUUUCUUCAGGCUGUUUGCUGACUAUGAAAAAGAUCCACCCCAGCUGGACUAUACACAGAUGCUGCUUUAUUUUGCUUGUCACCCAGAUACUGUGGAAGGCGUCUACAGGGCCCUCAGUGUGGCUAUUGGGACUCAUGUCUUCCGGAGAAUUGAAACUCCUGCUCUCAUUGUAGAAAAGACCUCCUCCUUUACUAAUAUAAGUACACUGGAGGGAUCUCCUGAAUAUGAAGAAAAUGGAAGAGAAGAAAGAGAAUUCAAAGAGGAAAAGGAAGAAGAAAUCCCUGAAAAUGCAAACACUGAAAAGAUUUCCAUGGAAACACUACUCAAAGUGUUCCAAGGAGGAACUGAAGCACAAGACUGUGACAGAUUUGCCAGCCAGCUAAAGACAGAGAACAUUUAUUAUGAGAACUUCAUAAAAAUAUUUCAGGACCUAGGUGCCAAGAAUCUGGAACCAAUUGAAGUUGCUGUUCUCUUGAAGCAUCCUUUCAUUCAAGACCUGAUUUCACAUUAUCCAGACUAUAAAAUCCCUGAUAUUAAAAUAAUUCUCCAGAGGAGAGAACGUGUACCAGGAAGUGAUGAAGAGAGAUCUCCUUCAAGACUCACAGAGGAAAAGAAAUGAAGUCAAAAGA